UGGUGUUUGUGAUGCUGGGCUUGGUGCUGUCUACCCUCUGCCUGUCAGGCUGUGUGGGGGCUCUGAGAGAGAACUGCUGCCUGCUCCAGGUCUUCUCAGCCACCGUGCUGGUCCUGGUAGCAGCCCAGGUCCUAGCGGCCAUCGUGGCCUACAGCCUGCAGGGACAGAUAGAGGGAUACCUGAGGUCAGGUAUGCUGGCUGCCAUGGUACGUUACCAGGAUGACCUGGACCUGAGGUUCAUCACAGAUGAGAUCCAGAUAGGACUGCAGUGCUGCGGGGCCGACAGCUACAGAGACUGGGAGGUCAACAUGUACUAUAACUGCUCUGCCCCGGGGGUGCUGUCCUGUGGGGUCCCUGCUACCUGCUGUGUGGACCCCCUGGAGAACGGCACGGUGUGGAACUCCCAGUGUGGAGUAGGAUCCCAGCAGCUGGAUGAAUUCUCUGCCCAGAGCGUCAUCUUCCUGGGGGGCUGUCUGGGGGGCAUGUCCCGCUGGAUAGAGCAGCACACAGGCCUGAUAGGAGCCGCGGGUAUCGUCCUACUGGGGGUUCAGAUCAUCACUCUGUUCAUCACCACACAACUGAUGGAUAACAUCCAGUGCAGUAAAGCUACAAGAUAAUAACAUAUAGUGGAGUAAAGCUACAAUAUAACAUCUUGUGGAGUAAAGCUACAAUUUAACAUCUGGUUGAGUAUAGCUACAAUAUAAUAACAACUAGUGGAUUAAAGCUACAAUAUAACAUCUGGUGGAGUAAAGCUACAAUAUAAUAACAUCUAGUGGAGUAAAGCUACAAGAUAACAUCUAGUGGAGUAAAGCUACAAGGUAACAUCUAGUGGAAUAAAGCUACAAUAUAACAUCUAGUAGAGUAAAGCUACAAGAUAACAUCUAGUGGAGUAAAGCUACAAUAUAAUAGUAUCUACUGGAGUAAAGCUACAAUAUAACAUCUAGUGGAGUAAAGGUACAAGAUAACAUCUAGUGGAGUAAAGCUACAAUUUAACAUCUGGUGGAGUAAAGCUACAAUUUAACAUUUUGUUCAGUAAAGCUACAAUAUAAUAACAACUAGUGGAGUAAAGCUACAAUAUAAUAACAUCUAGUGGAGUAAAGAUACAAGAUAAUAACAUAAAGUGGAGUAAAGCUACAAGAUAAUAACAUAUAGUGGAGUAAAGCUACAAGAUAACAUCUAGCGGAGUAAAGCUACAAUAUAAUAGGAUCUACUGGAGUAAAGCUACAAUAUAACAUCUAGUGGAAUAAAUCUACAAGAUAACAUCUAUUGAAGUGAAGCUACAAUAUAACAAAAUCUAGUGGAGUAAAGCUACAAUUUAACAUCUGGUGGAGUAAAGCUACAAUAUAAUAACAUCUAGUGCAGUAAAGCUACAAUAUAACAAAAUCUAGUGCAGUAAAGCUACAAUAUAACAAAAUCUAGUGGAGUAAAGCUACAAGACAACAUCUAGUGGAGUAAAGCCACAAUGUAAUAGUAUAUACUGGAGUAAAGCUACAAUAAAACAUCUAGUGGAGUAAAGCUACAAGAUAACAUCUAGUGGAGUAAAGCUACACGAUAACAUCUAGUGGAGUACAGCUACAAGAUAACAUCUAUUGGAGUAAAGCUACAAGAUAACAUUUAGUGGAGUAAAGCUACAAGACAACAUUUAGUGGAGUAAAGCUACAAUAUAAUAGUAUCUACUGGAGUAAAGCUACAAGAUAACAUCUAGUGGAGUAAAGCUACAAGAUAACAUCUAGUGGAGUAAAGCUCCAAUUUAACAUCUGGUGGAGUAAAGCUACAAUAUAAUAACAUCUAGUGGAGUAAAGCUACAAGAUAAUAACAUAUAGUGGAGUAAAGCUACUAGAUAACAUCUAGUGGAGUAAAGCUACAAGAUAACAUCUAGUGGAGUAAAGCUACAAUAUAACAUCUCGUGGAGUAAAUCUACAAGAUAACAUCUAGUGAAGCAUAGCUACAAGAUAAUAACAUAUAGUGGAGUAAAGCUACAAGACAACAUCUAGUGGAGUAAAGCUACAAGAUAACAUAUAGUGGAGUAAAGAUGCAAGAUAACAUCUAGUGGAGUAAAGCUACAAGAUAACAUCUAGUGAAGUAAAGCAACAAGAUAACAUCUAGUGGAGUAAAGCUACAAGAUAACAUCUAGUGAAGUAAAGCUACAAUAUAAUAACAUCUAGUGGAUUAAAACUACAAGAUAACAUCUAGUGAAGUAAAGCUACAAUAUAAUAACAUCUAAUGAAGUAAAGCUACAAGAUAACAUCUAGUGGAGUAAAGUUACAAGAUAACAUCUAGUGGAGUAAAGCUAUAAUUUAACAUCUGGUGGAGUAAAGCUACAAUUUAACAUUUGGUUGAGUAAAGCUACAAUAUAAUAACAUCUAGUGGAGUAAAGCUACAAUAUAAUAAUAUCUAGUGGAGUAAAGCUACACAAUAACAUCUAGUGGAGUAAAGCUACAAUAUAACAUCUCGUUGAGUAAAGCUACAAGAUAACAUCUAGUGGAGUAAAGUUACAAGAUAACAUCUAGUGGAGUAAAGCUAUAAUUUAACAUCUGGUGGAGUAAAGCUACAAUUUAACAUUUGGUUGAGUAAAGCUACAAUAUAAUAACAACUAGUGGAGUAAAGCUACAAUUUAACAUCUGGUGGAGUAGAGCUACAAUAUAAUAACAUCUAGUGGAGUAAAGCUACAAGAUAAUAACAUAUAGUGGAGUAAAGCUACAAGAUAACAUCUAGUGGAGUAAAGAUACAAGAUAACAUCUAGUGGAGUAAAGUUACAAUAUAAUAAUAUCUACUGGAGUAAAGCUACAAUAUAACAUCUAGUGGAGUAAAUCUACAAGAUUACAUCUAGUGAAGUAAAGCUACAAUAUAAUAACUUCUAGUGGAUUAAAACUACAAGAUAACAUCUAGUGAAGUAAAGCUACAAUAUAAUAACAUCUAAUGAAGUAAAGCUACAAUAUAACAUCUAGUGAAGUAAAGCUACAAUAUAAUAAUAUCUAGUGAAGUAAAGCUGCAAUAUAAUAAUAUCUAGUGGAGUAAAGCUACACAAUAACAUCUAGUGGAGUAAAGCUACAAUUUAACAUCUAGUGGAGUAAAACUACAAUAUAACAUCUAGUGGAGUAAAGAUACAACGUAAUAUGUAGUGGAGUAAAGCAACAAGAUAACAUCUAGUGGAGUAAAGCUACAAGAUAACAUUUAGUGAAGUAAAGCAACAAGAUGACAUCUAGUGGAGUAAAGCUACAAGAUAACAUUUAGUGAAGUAAAGCAACAAGAUAACACAUAGUGGAGUAAAGCUACAAGAAAACCUUUAGUGAAGUAAAGCUACAAGAUAAUAACAUAUAGUGGAGUAAAGCUACCAGAUAACAUCCAUAAUGCUAGCUGGACUCUUGUUAUCACUAUGUACUGAUGGACAAAAACUGUAACCAUGGAAAUGUAUUAUGACUAUUACACAGUAAAUGUCCUGGCUAGUGUGUUAGUGAAACACUACAAUGUAUUCGCUAGUGUGUUAGUGAAACACUACAAUGUACUGGAUAGUGUGUUAGUGAAACACUACAAUGUACUGGCUAGUGUGUUAGUGGAACACUACAAUGUACUGGAUAGUGUGUUAGUGGAACACUACAAUGUACUGGCUAGUGUGUUAGUGGAACACUACAAUGUAUUGGCUACUGUGUUAGUCAAACAAGACAAUAUAGUUGGCAAAGAGACGAAUGUGAAGUACAGUAUAGAGACCAAACAUGUCUACCAUGAUAUCAGAGAUGGAACGUGUCCACUUUGGAUUCAGGAGACCACAACAAUACAAACCAAAGUCAGGCAGCCUCCAAAAUAUAUUGUUGUUGUUUGACUCUGAUCAGUCCAAAUUCUGCUGUGAUUGAUCCAGUUGCUACUGGAUCACAGACUCCCUCUGUAAAUCCCUCUGUAAUUGUAGCUGACGACAGACAGAGAGGAUUGUGGGUGUUGUAAUAGUGCAACAGAGCAGUGUUCAGUUAGAAUUCAGUUAGGAAUUCAACAUGAAAUUCAAUCGGGGACUACGUUGGAAACAAGUUGAAUCUAUUUAACGUGUGAGUCCCUUCUUGUAUUGUUGUAAAAGACAGGAAGCUGUAGUAGUCUAGAAUGUGUCUGCCAACAGAGAGAUCUUACCAGUACCAAGACCAUCCAUCCCUGGAAUAUCAUCUCCAAACCUGAGGAAAACAAUCAACAUCACUUUGUUAUUAUGGAACAUUAUUUCAAUGACCAUAUCAUCAACUGUAAACUAUCUAAAUGGUGUCACUGUUGAGGUUGUAUGGCGGAACAUGAAUUGUAUCACACUGUAUGUUCUAAUCAUUAUUCAAAUAAUAAUUUAUUCACCAGUGGUGGCUAGUGGGCAAAGAUAUCAGAGGAUCAGCUCUUUGUAGUGCAUUACAUUUCAGCCAUUAGAAUAAGCCUGUACUCCUAUAUCUUCACCCACCAGCCUCCCAUGUUCUCUACCCACAAAAGCAUUGAGUACCACUGAAUUACCUUAUCAAAUUAAUAGUGCUGGAGUCAGGUGUAGUGGUAACACUGCUGACUAGAAUAGUGCUGGAGUCAGGUCUAGUGGUAACACUGCUGACUAGAAUAGUACUGGAGUCAGGUGUAGUGGUAACACUGCUGACUAGAAUAGUGCUGGAGUCAGGUCUAGUGGUAACACUGCUGACUAGAAUAGUGGUGGACUCAGGUCUAGUGGUAACACUGCUGACUAGAAUAGUGGUGGAGUCAGGUCUAGUGGUAACACUGCUGACUAGAAUAGUGGUGGAGUCAGGUCUAGUAGUAACACUGCUGACUAGAAUAGUGGUGGAGUCAGGUCUAGUGGUAACACUGCUGACUAGAAUAGUGCUGGAGUCAGGUCUAGUGGUAACACUGCUGACUAGAAUAGUGCUGGAGUCAGGUCUAGUGGUAACACUGCUGACUAGAAUAGUGCUGGAGUCAGGUCUAGUAGUAACACUGCUGACUAGAAUAGUGCUGGAGUCAGGUGUAGUGGUAACACUGCUGACUAGAAUAGUGCUGGAGUCAGGUCUACUGGUAACACUGCUGACUAGAAUAGUGCUGGAGUCAGGUCUACUGGUAACACUGCUGACUAGAAUAGUGCUGGAGUCAGGUCUAGUGGUAACACUGCUGACUAGAAUAGUGGUGGAGUCAGAUGUAGUGGAAACACUGCUGACUAGAAUAGUGCUGGAGUCAGGUCUAGUGGUAACACUGCUGACUAGAAUAGUGGUGGAGUCAGGUCAAGUGGUAACACUGCUGACUAGAAUAGUGCUGGAGUCAGGUCUAGUGGUAACACUGCUGACUCCAGAACACACACAGACCCACUGGAGAUGGGUUUACUAAUCCUGCCUCAGCCCUUACUCUCUGUCUCCCUCUCUACCUUAUCACUGUCACAAUAAAAUAUAA